AUGUUUUCGUCGCACAGCAGUCCCGGCGCGGACGAGCUCGCCGAGGAACUCCGUCAGCAGCUCGCCCCUCUGCAGGGCUCCAGCGAUCAUAUUCAGCAGCCCCUCACUGCUCUCGGACAGCACUCAACCGCACCUGCAUCCGCCAGCACUCAUGAUGAGCAAUCCAACGAACUGAACGACGAGCCGCAGCACCCAGUGCCGCAGCCGCAGACGGCUGUGCAACCCCCCGGGCAGAAGCAGUCGGAGCAUGACGGGGUGCAGGACUAUCCCGUGGAGAGCGCCCACGCGAAGCCGCAGCCGGCGAAGGAGAUGGUGCAGCAAGGGCACGAACCGUCACAGAGUGCAGAGCCACCUGGGCGCCACGCCGGGGACUCCACUGAGAUCCCUGGCACCCAAGAAGCACAAACGUCGGCCACCCUGCACAGUGUCCUUGAAAACGAUGAGGACGAUACAAAUCCCCUCACCUACAACCUACCGUCGGCAGCUCAGAUUCAGGAGCUCCCCUCCUGCCACCUGCUCACAUCGGCACACACACCCGACAUGUCGCUUCACCGCACCAACCUCUCGGCCAGCCAACACAGCUCCUAUGCCACCAGCAUCGCCUGCCCCACCCCUAUCCGAAACACCCACGCAGGCCCAGAUGAGCCGACCCCUCCUCGUCACGACUCCGCAGGCCCCCCAGCUGCGUACGCCAUCGACCCCGUCACGGCGCGCGAGGCGGGAGAGCACGCGGAGAGGUCGGAGGAGGCUGUGCAACCCCCCGGGCAGAAGCAGUCGGAGCAUGACGGGGUGCAGGACUAUCCCGUGGAGAGCGCCCACGCGAAGCCGCAGCCGGCGAAGGAGAUGGUGCAGCAAGGGCACGAACCGUCACAGAGUGCAGAGCCACCUGGGCGCCACGCCGGGGACUCCACUGAGAUCCCUGGCACCCAAGAAGCACAAACGUCGGCCACCCUGCACAGUGUCCUUGAAAACGAUGAGGACGAUACAAAUCCCCUCACCUACAACCUACCGUCGGCAGCUCAGAUUCAGGAGCUCCCCUCCUGCCACCUGCUCACAUCGGCACACACACCCGACAUGUCGCUUCACCGCACCAACCUCUCGGCCAGCCAACACAGCUCCUAUGCCAUCAGCAUCGCCUGCCCCACCCCUAUCCGAAACACCCACGCAGGCCCAGAUGAGCCGACCCCUCCUCGUCACGACUCCGCAGGCCCCCCAGCUGCGUACGCCAUCGACCCCGUCACGGCGCGCGAGGCGGGAGAGCACGCGGAGCCCCGCCGAAGCGAUAACGAAUCCCCAGAUGUGGAUUACAAGGGCGAGCGCGAGGAUGCUGCGUGUCGUGCUGCGGCACCAGACACGGUUGCAGCAGGGGGUGUAAGUGGUCUCCCGUCAAGUGCAUCUGUCCCACGUGUGCUGGACAAGCACGGGGUAUCAGGGGCGCAGCGGCGGCUCUCAGAUUGCGGGGCUGUGAAACGGGGAGCGUCAGGCAUGACGAAAAUUGGUUUGCCGCAGCGCUGUGGUGAGAACCACGCCAGGGGGUCUGCUCUUGUCUCCCGCACUAGGUCACCGCCGCCGCAGCAACCGGGCUACGUAAACCUAUACGCAUCCAAGAAAAGCGAGCCGGAGAACGCGCAGGAUCCUGAACGAAUCUUGAUGGAGCAGGCGAGUGUCGUGGAUGGAGAGCUGGCCGUGUUCGUAUCUUCUUCACUGCUGCCUGUAUCGCGCCACCUAUUUCAGAAGGCGAGGCUCGCAACAACGGGCGAGCAGGGCCACCACGGCGCCUGUGCCGCUCCUGCUAUGAGUGUCGCAGCCACGGCAUAUGCCUCGUCAGUUUCAACCUCGAACCGCGCAUGUGAUGAGGCAGGCGCACUCACCUCCACUGCGCCCACUCGCUUCGAGCUGUCGAGCGCUGCGAACGGCGACGUGGUGGAGCGUGACAUGCUUGCCGGGCGUCAGUACUGGGCCGCCGAGAACCCCAAAACAACGAGCUAUAUAAAGCCGAGCGCGCUGCUGGAGGCGAAGGAGAAGCGGGAGUGCACCCUGUUCCGCCGCUACUCCCAUUGGUACAAAAAACUCGUAGAAGACUCUGCAGUUCACGUGGGCGGCGAAGCCGGCGCCUCCAUCUUGAGAUCGCACGAGGCCUUCAAGCAAGCAUGCGAAACAGCAGAUCAGAAGCCGAUUCACAAGCGCAACUUCUACGAGGGUCCCAUCGUGGAUUGGAAGAAGUUGCUUCUCGAGCAGGCAGCUGGGAUGAGCAACAUCUCGAAGGGGGCAGCGUAA